UUUUUUAACUUAUUUUGUUCCUGUGUUAACGUUUUCAGCCACCAGAGGAUGCAGGAUAAGUCAAUACAUGUAGUUGAUUUCACUUUAAAAUAAUGUUGAAUCAAAAGAAGGGAGUUGUAGAAACACGAAAUAUGAGAAUAAUCAAGUAUUCGAGAAUACAAAUCUUUUGAAUAAUCGUUUUAUUUACUGCACAAGAAAGGCAAAGAUGUCUACGCCCUAGCGUGAGACGCCCAUGGCUGUCCCUCCCUACAAAUCUUGCCACCUCUUCGUUCUCCUCUCAGGCACACUGUUCUCUCUCUCUCUGCAACACCUGGUUACAGUGCAAGCUCCUUGCCGGUGAUAUGUCCUUAGUUGGUGGCUCGGCGCAAAACACCUUUUCCCUCCCCACUUCCCUGCCACUCGUCGGACUUUGGUACUGUCCCCACCCCACCCCCCAGUGAAAGUGUGCAACGAAUCAGGCUGAAAAUUUCGGUCAAGUCGUGGAAAAAGCAGUCAAAUACGAUGUGUCUUUAGAAUAUUCAUAGCAAGAGACAGACCUGCAGGAGAAAUGGCAGAACUGACAGAAUACAAGCCGCACGAGUCGGGUGAGACCAACUUCGGAUACCAAAAUCAUGAUGAGGACGCGGAGAAAAAUCAAGUUUACACAGAGGUGCAGCCACCAGAAAACCCCGGUUCCAGCCAUCCACAAGGUCGAUGUUCUGCCUUCAUUGGGGUGGCUCAGAGAGCCCUGGGUACCUGGGUCAAGAAGAAUCGCCGCCAGCUGAUAAUAGGGAUCAAGGCCGUGGUCUUCCUGCUCUACUUCGCGUACUUUGGGUACGCCAUGUAUUACCGGUUUGGUGACGAGGGGUCCAUCCGUCUGCUGGCCUGCACGGUUCUCGGCGUGCUCAUCCUGUUGCUGUCUUUGACCUCAGAUGCGAUCAUCCAGAAGUUGGGCGCCAUCUGCGCCAGCGUCAACUUGAGCAGACGACAGCGCGCUGGCACCAUCCUACGCUGGGUCCUGUACGUUCUGAUGGCAGGCUUUGCCGUCAUCUUCGUCAUCGUCGACAUCGCACUCCGAGAGCCCCGGAACCUGAUGUCACUGACAGGCAUGGCGUUCUUCGUCAUCGUGCUGUACAUCACAUCCACAGACCCAGCCAGAGUGAACUGGCACCCUGUGUUUUGGGGCAUGUCCUUGCAGUACAUCUUUGCCCUGCUCAUCAUCAGGACAACAUGGGGUUACGAUGCCUUCCAGUGGCUGGGUGACAGGGUUACCGAGCUUCUCAAAUACUCCAAUGCCGGCGCUCAGUUCGUCUUUGGGGACAAGUACACUUAUCACAUGUUUGCUUUUCAGGUGCUCCCAGUGAUCGUGUAUUUCAGUUCGCUGAUUUCCGUGUUGUAUUACCUGGGAGUCAUGCAGUCUAUCAUCGGAAUCAUCGGCCGUUUCCUCGCAUUUUGUCUGGACACGUCCGCCACCGAGUCACUCAACGCAGCCGGUAACAUCUUUGUCGGACAGACAGAGAGUCCCCUGUUGAUCCGGCCCUUCAUGGAGACCAUGACCAGGUCCCAGCUGCACGCCGUCAUGACGGGAGGGUUCGCCACUGUCUCCGGCUCUGUCCUCGGGGCCUAUGUCUCGUACGGGGUCAACGCCAGUUACCUACUGGGGGCGUCAGUCAUGUCGGCACCAGCAGCUUUGGCCAUCUCUAAACUGACCUGUCCAGAAACCGAGGUCAAUAAGAUCGACGAGAAGGAAGUGUAUAAAAUGGAAGCCGGGUCGUCGCACAACGUGAUCGAGGCGGCCUCCUCCGGCGCCUCAACGGCCAUCCAGCUGGUGGCUAACGUCGCGGUCAACGUCAUGGCCUUCCUGGCUAUUCUCGAGUUCUUCAACGCCACUCUCGUCUGGUUUGGAGACAGGGUCGGUGUGGAUGGCCUGACCUUUCAGUUUCUGUGUUCGUACGUGUUCUACCCGAUGGCCUUCCUGAUGGGGGUAGAUACCCAGGACUGCCGGCGCGUGGCCCAACUCAUAGGCUACAAGACAUUCACUAAUGAGUUUGUCGCUUACAUCGAGAUGGGAAAGCUUCUGGACAACGGGAAAGUUUACAGCAACUACACCGCGACCUUCGGCCCAGAUGCUCCCAUCGAACACAACGGGCUGGACGUCACCCUCACGCAGUGGGGCACGGUUCUAAUCGGCGGUUUUCUGACGGCACGUUCCGAGCUGAUAACCACAUAUGCACUGUGUGGUUUCUCCAACCUGGGCUCCAUGGGCAUCCAGUUGGGCGGCCUGGGGGCCAUGGCGCCGAACCGCAAGACGGACCUGUCGCGCCUCGUCCUGCGGGCCAUGAUCGCCGGCAACGUCGCUUGCUUCAUGACGGCUUGCAUCGCAGGUUUAUUCUUUAACCAACGGUGAAAGAAGAUCGCACCAUCAAACCGACAUUCGGGGAUGAUUUUGCCGCAUUGUCAAUGUUCUCGAAAACUUUCUUUGGAAGCUUAUUAGGAGAGUAAGCACUGCCAAUAUCGAAAGUUUCAUUCCAUGAAACUGUUGCCAAAAUGACAUUUUAGUGGACACAAAACGUUUGGCAAAACAUGAGCAGUUACACAUAAUCAGCAAUGUCUGGUUAUGAUGACAAUUGAACAUUGUAAAUGCCUUCAUUAACAUCGAGACUAAUGUGUUUUGUUUUUUUUCUUUUUUACCUAGGUACAAACCAUAAAAGACUUAUGUCUAGGAAAAUGACUUUAAUUAAGGCUUUUAGAUUUUCGCUGAUUAAAUAAGGUAGACGACUCAUGAAUGUAUUUUGCUGAAGACUUUCAUCUGAGUUGUUAUAAAAGGUAAACACGGUGGAGGGAGAGUGCGGUUUCCCCUUCCACAUACUUUCUCAGUGCAUCGGCCUUAUCUUCCAGCCAGCAUGUGGUUCCAGAGUGCAGGUCAAUACGAACCCGCGUUUGUCCAGUUCUUGAAAUAGCUAAAUAAGGACUCGUUUCCGAACUUUAAAAAAAUUGUCAAAGAAAUGGUAGUGAUGUUUGCAUCGACGUAUGUGUGCUAACAGACUUUUUCAAUCAUGUGCGACCUGCGUUCACGGAUGACAAGCAUCUGGCCGCAGUUCUGCAAAUCGACAGGUCGGAAACACGGCCAGAUUUUGAAAGGCUCUUGGGUGAAUUCAAACAGCUUCACUUUUCA